AUGAAUCAUAUGGGUACACACUGUAGCCAGGAGCACACAUUAUACACACAGUGAAUCCACACACAAAAUCACCACUGUAUGUACAGGACAAGUUUGUCAAGGGCUAAUUACAGGUGCUGAUACUUGAUGAGAGGGUACUCAUAAAACAAAGUAUUUUAGGAUAAAGAUUAUAUAUGCUUGUACUGAGCGUGAGGUUAAUUACAGUGCAGAAGCAUGAAUUGCAGCAGGGAAGGGUGGAGCUGAGGUUGAAUAUAAUCUUCAGCUACAAAUCUCUUUCUCCCAAUCAUUAAAUGUUUUUUAUGUUUAUUUUUCAGGUGCAGUGCUGCAACCUCUUCUUUCUGAAACCCACCAGCCUUUCUAUUACACGUCUUUGUGGGACCAGCAUCUCGGGGCCAAUAUGGAGGUAAAAGAAGAAAUUCUGGAAAUUCUUCAGAAGGUCUGGACCAAACUUCAAGAACUGCCACAAGCCAGUCCUCUAGAGCUGGGAGCUUUCUUUGUGCUCAUCCUGUUUGUUGGUGAGUUUCUGUUUGUGUCGGUGUAGGGCACAAAUCUAUUGAGUGCUGUUCAGAGCUGGAGCCUGCUUUGGAUAAAAAUACAGGUGUUGUGAGGCAGGUUCGUGGUGAGGACCCAGAUGCAGACACAGAGACUGAGAUCAACUUAAAGAGACUUUUAAUGUCCAAAAAAGGGGAGAUAGUGCAAACAGAGGAAGUCCGAAGGGCUGGUUGGCUGGCUGUCGUGUGGGCUGGAGACACUGCAGGAAAAAACCAGAGGAGACGGGAGUUAAUGAACAUGAAAAUAGUCACUGGGAGCAAAGUUCUGAAGGUUAUACCACGAGGAAGGCCAGGAGACACGUCUGUACCGCUAGGAAGGGUAGACAAUACUCAGCCCCUGAGGCUGAGGGCUGCAGGCUUCUUAAAGUGCCUUGAUUGGAGAUGUGAAGCAGGUGUGUAGUCCCACUCAGCCUCAGCGCCGGGGGAGGGGAGGAAGCUGUGGAAAAGAGUGAAGCCAGACCAGGCAAACAAGGAAACACAGGAAGUCCAGCCAAAAUAAAACAAGAUGGAGGCGUCUCACCACAACAGGGGAAUAGAAAAACAAAAUGCUCCUCCUGCAAGAAAACAUAAAGCUCCAAAAUGGAAACAAACAAAACUAAUGUAACCUGUGAAAUUAUUUUACAGUCCUCCAUUGCAGUUAGUCUUACAGGUGCCCCUUUCAUAUUAUGUGAAUUGUUCUGUGGUUACUGAACAGUGUGAGGUUGAGAAAAAAAUAAAAUGUAACAUAAAUUUUGUACUUUAAAGGUGCUGUUUAUAGAAAUAGGAGCGUUUAGCAAUAUCUUUAAGUAAGAUUCUGGAUUGGUAUACCCCCAUGCUCACCCUACCCAUUGGUGAAGUGAUGGUGGCCUUAAGUUGAAAGCCCUCCAGUCUCCCAACAUAUUCCUUCAUAUUCCUUCUGCAAAGCCACUUACAUAAUACAAAAACAUGUACAGUAUGUUAGUAGUCUGUCUGUUCUGGGCUGUGUAAGAUAUAUGGUGAUGCAAGACCAUGGCCUCCACGGAGAGGUUACAUGCUCCUAUGUAGAUAUAAAAGAUACAUUCAGAGUUAACAUUUUUACACAGAUGAUUUUACUCUCAUUUAAAAUACUAAAAAGCAUUACAUUCAUAUGCCACAUACCCUGUUUUUGUCAAGUCUAUGGUGCUAAACUGCAUUAAGUAUGUGAGCCAAGCUUGAGAAAAAUAGGAGAGAGUUUUGUUUGUUUUGCAUUUUGGGAAAAAAGGCAAAGUGACCAGAUUAAAGUUUAAAUUCUUUUUUGCCUGGCACUCUGCUGAAUCUUUGAUUCUGAUAUUUUACUUUAGUCAAAUAUAUUUCUUAACAGAAAAAAAAAUCUACAUCCUUUGUACCUGACUCAAAGUACAACAUGUUUGUAUAGUUAUAAAGAUAUAUCAUAUGGCAUGGUAUAGAGUUUGAAUUUAUUGUAAUCUUGCAUUAUUGAAAUGCAAAAUUACCAUUCAAUCUCUAUUUUUCCUGGCUCUUGUGCUUUUCAAUUCAUUCUUCAUAAUGUAUAGUCCUAUGCCAAAAAUAAAAAGCUCUCUUUGUGUUUUCUGCCUCUCUUUGCAGCCACAGUGCUCUUCUUGGUUGUGUUGUCCUGUGUACACUGCUGCUGCUGUGGAAAGCCAAAAUAUCAGGCUUCAAGAGUCCUGCCUCUACAGCCUGUCUGAAGCUGACACACAGAAGAGAUGUCUCGGGUAAAUUUCACUCAAACCCUUUCUAUUCUGAUUCAUGUGAUCCUCUGAUACAGGGUUUUUAUUCACAGCUAACCUGGAUUGUUUCCCCAUUUUGCAGCAGUUUGAGGAAACCUUUGCUGUAUGUUCAUCAAGGACAGGAUGGCAGCAUGUUGGCAUGAUGUUUCCAGGUCUGGGUUGAAAACUGGAUUGACAUUCAGAGAACCAUGCCACUGGAAUCCACAUAAAUCAGCAGAGUGGCAGGACUCAUAAAGAUUCAUUACCAACCAGGACAAUGAAACUCUGUGUGGCAGCCUGUUCCGACAACAAAACCUCUACAGUGGAGCCAUGGAUGAAAAGAUUCAGAGAAAAAGCUGAUGUGUGUUUGAAUAUCACAGUCACUCUUUUUCUACAAAUGAACUGUUUGGUAUCUUAUUGACUUAUUUGGAAUGUGAAAAGCAACAUGCAAAAUGUAAAGACAUUCCACUUUUUAUUCUACUCUUUUCCUGAUAUUCCAUGUUUCAGCAUGCAGUAAGUCAGUCUGCCCUCUGUUGGUCAGCUGAAAAGCUUCUUCUCUUGCAAACUGUGCCAAAUAGAGAUUUAAGAUGGUUAUUGCACUCACAACUGUCACAAAUAUAUUCUUGUAAUAUUGCACAUAGCUGUUUAAGUAUUACAGAGCAAUGUUUUGUUAACUGAACUCCAGUAAAUGUUCUAUGUGUACAAACAAAUAUAAAACUCUUUUUUUUAGCAUUAAAUAAAAAUUUACCUUUGACUGUAAAACUCUGCUGUGAUGUUCAAUCCUUAUAACACAAGACUUUAUCGAACUUUUUCAUUUGAGCUAAAACUAAAAUCCCACCUUUAAAAUACUGAGCAUUGUAUGCUCACCUUAUCAUCUGAUCUCUGCUUUGCCCUCACCUGUUAGUAUUUCUAGUAAACAUUAACCAGGAGCCAUUGCUUAUUUGCCUUGCCUUUAAAAAGCAGGCUAGAAAGGGAACUACCAGUAACUGCUGAACUUCUGAAUGUAUGCAAAUACCUCCAGGACUGCCAGGGAUCACAACGGUAGCUGGAACCAUCAGUCCGCACACGUUACAAUGUUUUCACACUUUGUCAGGAGUCACUGAGCCGUGAGUGGAUCUCUGAGCAGGACAUGGCUGUCGAGAGGUGAGUCAACAGAAUUAUGUUGAGUGAAAGUACUCUGUAAUGUCAGUAGAUUUCAAUGAAGCACACUCACAAAAUACCUAAUACAAAAAGACUAAACGCUUCAGAAAUGUUUAUUUCCAUUAGCAGGAGGUCUCACCAGCUAAUGGUGCACACUAACAACCUCAUUGGCUAGAUUUCCUCCUUGUUCCUCCAUAACAGCCAUUAUGUGGUUUAUAUCUCAGUGUGCCAGAGCUGACGAAACUAAUAGAGGCACCUGAGGACUGGACAGAAUGGUUCCUGUAUCGCCUACAUCAGGAGCCAUGGGCAGUUGGUGGCGCUGUGGUCAUAGGACUGUUUAUGCUUGGAAUUCUGUCUCUGGUUGUCUUCGCUCUGCUUUAUGGAUGCUGCUGCAGCCAAGCACCAGAAAACCACAAGCUAAAGAGGAGGAAGAAGUCAGAGAACAGAGUGAUCUAA